AUGGGUUCUUCAGAUGUUUCAAGUCGUGAAUGUUCAUUGGUUUAUAAUGAAGAUCCCGAUUUCACCGAUGGCACAACACCAUGUGAUCGGUUGGGAGUGGACUUGAUGAAUGUUCUAGAUGACAAGGAUGAAAUAAAGCAAGAGUCUGUCCCAGUCUCAGAUCGUGAAAUUGAGGAUACGGAAUCCGAUGCUUCCGCUGUUUCUUCAUUUGCUAGCGCUAAUGAGUUAAUAGCUGAGCCACACGCUGCAAGUGAAACUAAUCUUGGAACUAAUGGUCAAGAUGGAAGAAAUGUCUUAGAACAACAAAGAGACGUGGUUGCUAGACUAAUAGAAGAAAACAAGGAAACGCAAAAAGAGGGUGAUAAAGUCUGUAUUGUCCCCAAGGUUUGGUACGAUAAAUUUUUCGACCCCGAUGUUACCGAUCCUGAAGAUAUAGGCCCUAUUAAUACACGCAUGAUUUGCAGAGACUUUGAAAAUUUUGUGCUUGAGGAUUACAAUAGAUGUCCGUAUCUGUCUAUUGCAGAGCCUGUUUUCAAUUUUCUAUCAGAAAUUUACGGCAUGACAAGUGGCUCUUACCCAGUGGUAACUAAUUUGGUUAUCAACCAAACCACAGGGGAGUUAGAGACAGAAUACAAUAAAUGGUUUUUCAGACUACAUUACCUGACCGAAAAACAAGACGGGAGGAAAAGGAGGCAUGGCCAGGACGAUUCAAUAAUGUACCUCUCGAUGUCUGCGUUGAAUUUAGUACGUGAUUUGGUUGAAAAGAGUAUGAAUCUGUUUUUUGAGAAAGCUGAUCAUCUAGACGUGAAUGCGGUGGAUUUUAAAAUUUGGUUUGUGUCAGAGGGAUCUGAUAUUGCCACAGAUAGCAAUGUUAGUACUUUUUUGAAUUCUUCAUAUGAAAUAACUCCGCUUCAAUUUCUCGAACUACCGAUAAAGAAACUACUAAUACCAGACAUGUUUGAAAACCGUUUAGACAAGAUAACUUCAAAUCCGAGUGACCUUGUCAUAGAAAUUAAACCUAUAGAAGGGAAUCACCAUUGGCCUUCAAACUAUUUUGCUUAUAAUAAACUCGAACCAGCAUCAGGUACUACUGGUUUGGUCAAUUUGGGAAAUACAUGUUACAUGAAUUCUGCGUUGCAAUGCCUGGUACACAUUCCGCAGUUGCGUGAUUAUUUCCUUUAUGAUGGUUAUGAAGACGAAAUCAAUGAAGAAAAUCCUCUUGGGUACCACGGCUAUGUGGCUAGGGCAUUUAGUGACUUGGUUCAGAAGUUGUUUCAAAACAGGAUGAGCAUAAUGCAAAGAAAUGCUGCUUUCCCCCCUUCAAUGUUCAAAUCCACUAUCGGGCACUUUAAUUCGAUGUUUUCUGGUUAUAUGCAACAGGAUUCUCAAGAAUUUUUAGCCUUCCUGUUAGACAGUUUACAUGAAGAUUUGAACAGGAUAAUAAAGAAAGAAUACACAGAAAAACCAUCAUUAUCUCCUGGUGAUGACGUGAAUGAUUGGAAUGUAGUCAAGAAACUGGCAGACGAUACUUGGGAGAUGCAUUUAAAGAGAAAUUGUUCCGUUAUAACGGAUUUAUUUGUCGGGAUGUACAAAUCAACGCUAUAUUGUCCCGAAUGUCAAAAUGUUUCUAUAACGUUUGACCCGUAUAAUGAUGUUACAUUGCCGCUUCCGGUUGAUACAGUGUGGGAUAAAACUAUAAAAAUUUUUCCCAUGAACUCUCCACCACUUCUUCUUGAAGUUGAGUUAAGCAAAUCGUCCACUUAUAUGGACUUGAAGAAUUAUGUUGGUAAAAUGUCGGGCCUAGAUCCAAAUACACUAUUUGGCUGUGAGAUUUUCAGUAAUCAAAUCUAUGUUAACUAUGAGUCAACAGAGUCGAAUGCUCAAUUUUUAACCUUGCAGGAAUUGAUCAAACCUGCUGAUGACGUUAUUUUUUAUGAAUUACCAGUAACAAAUGACAAUGAAGUAAUUGUUCCCGUAUUGAAUACUAGAAUUGAAAAAGGCUACAAAAAUGCAAUGUUAUUUGGAGUCCCUUUCUUUAUUACGUUAAAAGAAGAUGAAUUGAAUAAUCCAGGUGCAAUAAGAAUGAAAUUGCAAAACAGGUUUGUCCAUUUAAGUGGUGGGUAUAUCCCAUUUCCUGAACCUGUAGGAAAUCGAACCGAUUUUGCUGAUGCUUUUCCAUUAUUAGUAGAAAAAUAUCCAGAUGUUGAAUUUGAACAAUAUAAAGAUAUACUACAGUAUACGUCUAUUAAGGUGACUGACAAGGAUAAAUCCUUUUUUUCCAUCAAGAUUCUGUCUGUAGAAAAAGAGCAGCAAUUUGCUAGUAAUAACCGAACAGGGCCUAAUUUCUGGACCCCUAUCUCCCAGUUAAACCUUGACAAAGCUACAGAUAUAGACGAUAAACUUGAAGAUGUGGUGAAGGAUAUCUACAAUUAUUCAUCCUUAGUAGAUUGUGCUGAAGGGGUCCUUAUGCAAGUGGAUGAUGAGGGAGAUACCGAGGGUAGUGAAGCAAAGAAUUUUUCCAAGCCCUUCCAAUCGGGAGAUGAUGAAGAAAAUAAAGAAACUGUAACAAAUAAUGAAAAUGUAAAUAAUACUAAUGAUCGGGAUGAAGAUAUGGAACUAACAGAUGAUGUUGAAGAAGAUGCAAGUACAGAGCCAGAAUUAACAGAUAAGCCAGAGGCGUUAGAUAAAAUUAAGGAUAGCUUGACUUCCACUCCGUUUGCGAUUCUUUCUAUGAAUGAUAUUAUUGUUUGUGAGUGGAGCGAAUUGGGUUCAAAUGAGGCAUUUUCCGAUGAUAAAAUAUAUAACUGGGAAAAUCCAGCUACUUUGCCUAACAAAGAGUUGGAGAACGCUAAGUUGGAAAGAUCUAACGCUAAGGAAAGAACCAUAACCUUGGACGAUUGUCUCCAAUUAUUUUCCAAACCAGAAAUACUAGGAUUAACCGAUUCGUGGUACUGCCCUACAUGCAAGGAACAUCGUCAGGCUACCAAACAAAUACAACUUUGGAAUACACCAGAUAUUCUGCUAAUUCACCUUAAAAGGUUUGAAAGUCAAAGGUCUUUUAGCGAUAAAAUUGAUGCCACGGUUAAUUUCCCCAUUACAGAUUUGGAUCUGUCGAGGUACGUUGUCUAUAAAGAUGAUCCCAGAGGUUUAAUCUAUGACCUGUAUGCAGUAGAUAACCACUAUGGUGGUUUGGGUGGUGGGCACUAUACCGCGUACGUAAAGAAUUUUGCCGACAAUAAAUGGUACUAUUUUGAUGAUUCUCGAGUAACUGAAACUGCGCCAGAAAAUAGUAUAGCUGGAUCGGCUUAUUUGCUAUUUUACAUUCGCCGUCAUAAAGAUGGCAAUGGAUUAGGCAGCUCUAAACUACAGGAAAUAAUCCAAAAGUCACGCCACGGAUAUGAUGAGCGUAUCAAAAAGAUAUACGAUGAACAGAUGAAGUUGUAUGAAUUUAAUAAGACUGACGAGGAGGAAGAUGUUUCUGAUGAUAUGAUAGAAUGUAAUGAAGAUGUGCAGGCCCCUGAAUAUAGUAAUCGUAGUUUGGAGGUUGGGCAUAUUGAAACUCAGGACUGCAACGACGAAGAUGACAAUGAUGAUGGUGAGAGGACAAAUUCAGGUAGGAGAAAGUUAAGAUUGUUGAAAAAAGUCUACAAGAAUAAUUCAGGCUUGGGUUCAUCGAGUACGUCUGAAAUAUCUGAGGGAUGCCCAGAAAACGAAGUCGCUGAUUUGAAUUUAAAAAAUGGUGUGACACUAGAAUCGCCAGAAUAA